AUGCUCAAAAAAUUUUUGAAAAACGAAAAACUCUGGAAAUCAUUAGACAAAGUCAAAUGGAUUAUUGCUAGUUUUGGAUGGCCGUGCGCAUUUAUUUUUUGGUAAGCCCCAGAAAUUUCAGCAUUCAAAUUUUAAAGAAAAUUUUGCAGGUUUCAAGUGAUGGUUGUUUUAUAUUCGUCUCGUGGUUUGAUGCCACAAAUAAGUCUUUAUAUAUUUCAUUUUCUGUGGAUUAUCAUAACUUGUUCAUUUUUCCAAGCAUCAUUUACACCACCAUUAAAAUGCCGUGAUAUUGUUCCGAUUCCAGAAAAUGGUUGGGAAGGUGAUUAUUGUGAUAAAUGUGAUUAUAUCAAACCAAAAAGAUGGCAUCAUUGUCGAAAAUGUGAUCGAUGUGUUUAUCGAAUGGAUCAUCAUUGUCCAAUUCUUCAAAUGUGCAUUCAUGAGGACAAUCACAAAUUCUUCUUGCUCUUCCUUUGUUGGCCAUUGAUUCUUGCGAUUUUUACAUUGUCUUAUGGAUAUUAUGAUCUUUUUAUGGUUUUUUAUUCGGGUUUCACUUUUGAGAAAAUAUCAACUGAACAACAUUAUAUGGGAACUGGAAUGUCUAAUUCAUUUGUUAGUUUUUUUCGGAACUUAUGAGUGAAAACCUUUAAUUUUCAGAUGGUUGGAUUUGCUGCAUUAUAUCUUCUCAAAUUCCAAAUCCCAAACUUGCUCAGAAAUCAAACGCUUAUCGAAGAAUCGCGAGAUGAUGAUGUAGGUUUAGUUUUUUGUCAGAAUUCCCUUGAACUCAUAUUCUUCUAGCGUUUCGAUUUGGGUGAUUGGAAAUCGAAUUUCAAAUCAAUUAUGGGACCAUUUAUUACAUGUUGGUUACCGGUAAAAAAUCAAAUUAAGAAAAAACAUAUGAAAAUUGAAUGA